UCCUAUUCGUGCCUACCUACUUCGUAUAAACUGGUCUCUCAAGCUCCCUCAGCGCAUAACUUCAAGUUCGACAACGCAGAAAAGGAAACCAGAAGAACGGUUGCUGUUUAAGUUUAACAUUUAGCCAUUCAGCAGUUGCAGUUAUCCAUUCACAGUAUUCUUAUGUUAUUUGUGCGCGCUCAGUUUUCAAACGACAGUGGAUAGGACUCCCUGAAGAUAAAACGCUCAGUGUUUUUUUUUUUUAAUGCGAUAUGGAAGUUACCGGACGUUCAGCCUUGUUUUGGUUAUUUUUGUUGAUAUCCGUACCAAGUUUUCACUGUGCGAAAAAUGUGACAAUACAAAAAUGCUGUUCGCUGAAAGAAACUCUGGACAAAAACAGUUCUUGUUUGAGUACAUCCCGCAAUGAGUGGAACUUAAAAGUCUACAGUCCGGUCAAAAAGAUUUUCCUGCCUAAACAUACGAUACCGCCAAAUUGGCAUUUCAAGUACAAUUCAAGACCAGAUUGCCCUGAACCUAUUGUUAUUGGCAAGGGUGACGGUGAUUACAUUGGUUUUUUGAACGGUUCUCUUUUUGUGGUACUGUUUGGGACCUUCGUGCAUCCAGCUGAUUACUGCAUUGAUUACAAUGCUGUUGAAUUGUGCAUGUCGAAGAAACCAUCAGAAAUCAAGAAAUGUUGUGGAAGCAAUGCCACUUUUUCUAUUGAAAAACACGGAUGUAAGAUUGGAGCUGAUCCAUCUUUAUUGGUUGAUGUUAUCAAAGGAGAAAAACUGAGCACGGGUUACCCUAGUUGCAAAGGAUCUGAUGAGAUUGCAAUAGUUCGUACUUUAUUCAAUGUCAGCAAUUUUUAUACUAACGGUAGUUUGUGGGUGCCUGAACAUCAAACUCUCCUGCCUCCAUCACGAUAUUGCUUGGAACACAUAUUAGAACAUACAGACAAGACACCAGGUAUCAUAGGCUGCAGGGAGGAUUUAUUUCUAGAAAAAGCUGACGACGUGAGGUUUAUAUUUUAUCCUAUUGGACUAGCAUUGAGUACGGUCUUUCUGGCUGCUACUCUUGCUUGUGGAUUUCUUCUACCUGCCUCACAUCACGUGCUUCAUUGGAGAUGCCAAACAAAUUAUGUUUUUUGUCUCCUCAUCAGCUUCACUGUACUUUGUGUGGUUCAACUACAGAGCAAGAUAAAUUCUAACUUGUGUAUCAUUUUUGCUGUGACAAUACAUUUUUUCACCCUCUCCGCAUUCUUCUGGCUGAACACAAUGUGUUUCAACAUCUGGUGGACUUUCAGGGAUCUGCGUCCACAAAGUAUUGAAAAAAGCCAAGAAAGAUGCAGGCUGAGACUUUAUAAACUUUAUGCUUGGGGUAUUCCUUUUGUUAUUGCUGGAAUUGGAGUUAUACUGGAUUCACUACCUGACAAUGAUUUAAUAAAACCUAGGUUUGGCGAGAAUGCUUGCUGGUUUGGAAGCGUAAAGGAGAAACUUCCUUUUUUCAACGCUCCCAUAGGACUACUCUUGACGAUAAAUCUGAUUUUGUUUAUAUUAACUGCAAAGGAACUCACUUGUGGUUUAUGGAAAAGGGAAUUAGUUAAGUCAACAACAGAAAGGGCUGCUUUGGGAAGAAUCUGUAUGAAACUUGUGAUAGUAAUGGGUGUAACAUGGAUAACAGAUGUUCUCUCAGAUGCAUUGGGCGGUCCUCAAGAGAUGUGGUACAUAUCGGAUAUUUUCAACAGUCUUCAAGGUGUUUUCAUCUUUAUAGUGAUUGGGUGUCAACCACAGGUGCUGAGUGCUGUUAAAAGACUGUGGUGCUUCAGAGACCAUCACGAGAAUGGCACUGCUGGAACUUCAAACCACCAUUCUUCCACGUUUCAAGGAUUACAAUCUUCAGGAGACACAGUAACCAAUAGCAUCACGAAUACAACAACCAAAUCAAUUCCUGUAGAAACCAUUUGUUGAGGCUGAAUAUGUGAAUCAUAUAUUUAUUUAUUUAUUGUUAUUUAUAUUUUUAGUAUUAUUAAUUUCGUUUAUGACUGCAAGAAAUUUUUGUUCCUAAUGGGACAUGUUCGAAAUUUGUGAAAUGAACCUAUUGUGUUCGAAACUGAAUUUAGUGAUAUCUGCUCUGUGAAUGUAUAUUAUACUGCUAUUUUUAGAGUAUUAACGAUUUUAUUUUAUUUAUUUGUAUAAAAAAUCGUCAAAAGUCAUGGAAUGAAGAUGUUACCAACUCAGUUAAUGUAUUUUAUAUAAUAAUUGAUUUGUGGAAGAAGUGGAGGGUUAGACAAAUCAAAUUGAACCGAGAUAUCUGACGUAAUUAAUGUAUAAAAUUGAAUUUAAGUUGUCAAUUCGUAAUAAAUCAUUUCUGAAU